UAACUACCUAAUUCACUCCUCUCUUCUCCAAUCCGCCGCUCUCUACUCUCUCUCUCUCUCUCUCCCUCUCUCUCUCUCCCUCUCUCUCUCUCCCUCUCUCUCAUCUACGUCUCGCCAUGGAAACCACCCCCUCUGUUCCGGGCAUAUACUGCUCGUCCCUCCGCGCACGUCCCAUCUGGAGAGUCCUCGGUCCCAUUCUAGCUGCGUCGACGAACAUGGCGGAGGGUAGACUGCCCGGAUGUGACUUCCGCUUUUCCCUGGGGAAUGGCGAAACGCUGAGCCUUCUCCUCCUCGCUCCGUCAACUGUGAGCGACACCCAGAGCGCGAUCGCCAGACUGCAGUCGACCGGCACAUGGGCUGCGGGGAAGAAAGCCGUCGCGCUUCUGCUCUCCGAGGAGCCGUUCAGCAGCGCGAGCGGGAAAUGUAGCCUGGAUGGAAUAUUGAGGUUGCAAGUCCUGAUGGUCGAAUCUCUCCCCGCCAUGUUGCCGAUCAUUCCCGUUGCGGAUGCAGCGUGUCUCCUGGCCGCCGUUCAGGGAUAUAUAUCCAGCUUAACGGACACUUGAGGAUGCUACUGAUUUUAACCCGGAUCCAGCCAUCAUGAUGUACAUAGUACUGUCUUUGUUAAUUUGUUAUGUGAUGUUUC